CCCUACCUUUGCAUCUCACCCAUUCAUCAUCCCGACCCACCUUCUUUUUUCUUCUCUCAACGACAUAGACAUACACUAUGCAUCUGUUGAAAAUCUCACUGGCACUCACCCUGUCGGCGCUGUGUGUCGCAUACCCGCAACCGCAAGCUCAGCAGCAGCACCCCUUCACACCUGCUCGUCACAGCAACAACCAUGGCGACUAUAUCGAUCAUAGCGAUACUGGCUAUGCUCGCUUCGAUAAAGAGCAGGUCCUCCGUGUCCAAGUGUCCUCAAUGGAGGAGCUGAAACAGCUCCAGGCCGCCGUCGAGGACAAGAACCUGGAUUUGUGGUCGAAUCUGAGAAUUGGCACGGUCGAUGUGCGAGUGCCCCCUUCAGAACUUGAGGCUUUCAAGGCCGCGAUUCCAUUCCCCUCGACAGUGAUGAUCUCAAACCUGCAGGACCUGGUUCCGGAACAGGCCCCGGCUUUCAAUGCCUUGCAGAUGCAGGGUCAAUGGAACUUUACGGACGACUCGUUCUGGCUCAAAUACCAUGACCUGGCCACCCUCAACAACUUUACGGAGGCCAUGGUCAAUCAGUUCCCAGACCUGGUCAAACGUACGUCGAUUGGACAUACCUAUGAGGGACGCGAGGUCUUUGGAAUGACCAUUCAUGGAUACAAGGGCAAGUCAAAGGCUCAAGAUGGUGAAGAGAAUGAGGAAAACGAUGACGAUGAUGGUGAUGAUGAUGAUGAUGAUGAUAAGGACUUGGAGGACUUGGUGGAGGAUUUAGUGAAGGAGGUGCGCGACGAGUUUCUUUCGUGGUGGUCUCGGUUGUUUGGAUUUUCUAAAAAGUCCAAAAGUCAUCCGUCGCUCAAGAAGAAGCCAUCGAAGCCCAAGAAGCAUCCCAAGGCCAUUGUCUUUCAUGGCGGGCAGCAUGCUAGAGAAUGGAUUGGACCCGCCACUGUCUCGUACAUUGCCAAGGAACUGAUUCUCGGAUACAAAACCAACAAGAAGAUUACUCUUCUUUUAGAUCAAUUCGAAUUUGUCAUCAUCCCCGUUCUCAAUGCUGAUGGAUAUGCCUACACCUGGGAGCACAACCGUAUGUGGCGCAAGAACCGUCAGCCCACCUCAAUCCCCUUCUGCCCAGGCAUCGACCCUAACCGUAACUGGGGCUACAUGUGGAACACGGGCGGCAGCUCCGGCAACCCCUGCAGCGAGGCAUACCAUGGACCCGCACCUUUUGCAGCCAAGGAACCCAAGAUGAUGGCCGAUUACAUCACUAAGCAGGAAAAUGUUGUCGCCUACAUCGAUUUCCACUCGUACUCUCAGCUCUGGAUGAUGCCCUUCGGAGCCGACUGCUCAAAGACUCCCAGGGACGAUGAAGACAUCAUGGAGGCCGGCUUGGGUGCUGCCAAGGCCCUCAGAGAUGUUUACGGUACCAAAUUCGCAGUCGGAAGCGUCUGUAAUAUCAUCUAUCAGGCCAGUGGUGGAUCCUUGGACUGGACGUAUGCCGAGGGUGAUGUCAAGUACUCUUAUGCUGUCGAGCUCCGUGACACAGGUCGCCACGGAUUCCUGCUGCCCGAGGAAGAGAUCCUGCCAUCAGGUCAAGAGACCUUUGCGGGCGUCUUACAUCUCGCCAAUUUCAUCCGCAAACGUGAGAAACAGUGGGGCUACUUAGUUUAAUGUCAACCAAUUCUCCUGUUCAUCAACAUGAACAAUAAAAAAAAA